AUGAAUACUCUGUCGUUUUCUCGGCGUACUUACAUUGUUCGUGCUACAUUUCAACAAAAAAAUAUGUCUUCGCUUUCUGAAACGCUCACAUCUCUUCGACAAGCUAUCAUUCGAUAUGGUUUCCCUAUUUCCCUCACAUUAGGCAACAUCGGCAAUCUCUUCAUUAUCUACAUCUUCUGCCAAAAACAGUAUCGACACAACUCCUGUUCACUUUAUCUAGUUGCUGCUGCUAUAUCUAGUAUCAUUGGCAUCAACUGGGGUAUCGGUACUAAUAUGUAUGCUCUCUAUCAACCACCCGAUCCAUUCACUCAGUCGCUUUUUCUUUGUCGACUUCGUGGUUUUCUACUACAAAGUUCAACGUUUCUAUACAAGACAAUGAUUUCGCUUGGAUGUAUCGAUCGAUUCGCAGUGACAUCAUCUCGAGUUCGUAUACGUGAAUUCAGCAAACCACGUGUUGCACUCAAAGUCAUCUUCGGGAUGACACUCUUAUGCAUGAUCAUCUCCAUACAUCUGCCAAUCUUUGAAGUCAUUGACAACAAUCGAUGCAUAAUCGUCGGAACCUUCUCAGAUAUGUUUCUGUUUGCUGAUCGUGAAGAACUUGAGAAGCGUCCAUAA